CGACGAUAACGUGCUAUUAGCCAGUCCGAGCGCGCGCCACUGGCGUGUCGGGUGAUGCCACAGCCACCUAACGGAAGUGAACCGAGAUUAGGACAAAAAAGCAACAUCGUCGGACAGAGAUGUCGUGGAUCUAUUUCCGAACACGUCGUCGGGGGCAGAGUGGACGGCAGGUCGCUGGCUGACGAAAAAUGGCGAAAAUCCGCGCGGUGUGAGGGUGACCGUCCGUCGUCGAUCGACAGUUGUGCCGUGCCGAGAGACGACCGCGAAGAGAAGAAGGACCGCUGAGAAAUCCGAGUUGUAAUGGGCCGCUCGCCGUCGCGGCAACGUGUCGCGCGACCGUGAACACGACUGACUGUCACGCUCGGCGCUCGCUCGUGGAGGACCAAAAAAAAGUGAUUUCGCGGCUCGGUGGUUGCGAAACGUCACUCGACCCGCAACGAGUCUCCGAUCAGCUAUUCAUCCAUCCGUCCAUUCGUUCGUUCGUUUGUACAUAGACCUCGCAUUACGAAUUUUCCAACGAGUGACAAGAACGACGAUAAGAGUACGGAUAAUGCUUGUUCGUUCACGGAUCGCUCAAAUCGGCAGCAUCAAUACGUUUGACGUCGCAUUUGAGCAUAUUCGUUGUCCUCCCUGUGAGCCUUGAACGUAUUCGCGAAGUUAUAUAUAUAUACAUACACACACACAUACGCAUAUAUAUAUAUAGACACACAUAUAUACACAUAUACAUAUAUAUGCAGUAAUGCGUUAUCUGACGUUCGGCUCGCUGACGAACGUGGAUCGUGGUGGAUUACUGUUGAGUCGCGCUUGGCAGAUCGAGCGAACGGACGGUGUGGAAGGUGCUCCGACGGUCGGAAAUGUACGCUUCUCGGCGCUCUCUAACGAUGUCUCGCGAAGCGGUAUUUGUUUAACUGGCUGUGAAUAGUGCAACGUAACUGUAUCAAGCCCAAAGAAUAUAUAGAUAUAUACAUAUAUACAUAUAUAAAACAUUGGUCAAAAUGGAUCAAGAAACGGUCUACGGCACGCAUGAAGAUAGUCAUGUUGUCAUGUCGGAGAAGGUGCAGUCUCUGGCGGGCAGUAUCUAUCAAGAGUUCGAAAAGAUGAUAGCCAGAUAUGAUGAGGAUGUAGUGAAAGACUUAAUGCCACUGCUAGUCAAUGUGUUAGAAUGCUUGGAUAUAUCUUAUACUGAGAAUCAAGAACGCGAAGUCGAAUUAGAGUUACUACGAGAAGAUAAUGAGCAACUUGUGACACAAUAUGAGAGAGAAAAGCAGUUAAGAAAAGCAUCAGACCAGAAACUUCUCGAGCUGGAGGAUGUUUCCGAAGAUGAGAGGAAAGAGCUUUUAUCGAAAAUCGACAGCCUGGAAUCCAUCGUAAGAAUGCUGGAGCUCAAGACCAAGAACUCCCAUGAUCAUGUUGGGCGGCUCGAAGAGAAGGAAGCUGAAUUGAAACGCGAGUAUUCCCGGCUGCACGAUCGAUAUACGGAACUGUUCAAGACUCACGUCGAUUAUAUGGAGAGAACCAAGAUGUUAGUUGGCAGCACCGAAAGAUUGGAAAGCGUAUCUGCCGGCCGUGCGCCAUCCAGAUUACCUUCCCUUGGGCUUGCUCAUAUGUCGCGCAGUUCCGGACCAUUGAGCUAUGGCUUUCAGAGUUUGGAAGCUAGUAUAAAUGCCGAAGAUGUUCACGAGGAUAUCGUACCAAAUACCGCUAAUUUAAGAACAGAGAUGUUAGAUAGUAGCAGUGAAGCUGCUAUAGAAACGUCUGACAAAAGCCAACUAACCGAUCAACCAGUACAAGAAAACAAGACCACAGCUAUAUCUAGACACGAAAGUCCGGAAACGGAAGUACCGCCAACUCUAGUUACACCAACAACACCUACCGUGGAGAAGUUCGCUACUACUCCGAGUGGCAGGAGCAGGACCGAAAGGGAACAACGAAGUGGUAACACGUUGUAUCAGGAAUUAAGCUUCCAGGAUGCCGAUGCUCUCGGUGAGAUGGACGAGGGAGCUGAUAUUACCGGAAGUUUAGUUCAUCCUGGCGAAUACGCUUCAUCAGUCAAUGACAACUUCUUCGGUAUGGGGAAGGAAGUAGAAAAUCUUAUUAUGGAGAACAAUGAACUGCUAGCCACGAAAAAUGCGCUCAAUGUUGUCAAAGAUGAUCUAAUUGUUAAGGUGGAUGAAUUGACGAGUGAGCAAGAGAUAUUGCGCGAAGAGGUUCGAGGUUUACAACAGGCACGAGAUCGAUUGCGACAACGAGUUGGCGCGCUCGAGGAGGAGCUGAAGAAGACCAAAGAGGAAGCGGAAGCUGCGGCUAAAGCGACGAAGAGUGACGACGAAGAGGAUGUGCCGUUGUCACAGAGGAAGCGGUUUACGCGUGUGGAGAUGGCAAGGGUGCUCAUGGAACGAAAUCAGUAUAAAGAAAGGUUUAUGGAACUUCAAGAAGCCGUCAGGUGGACAGAAAUGAUACGAGCCAGCAAGACCGAUCCUUCCAGUAUUUCGGGAGGGAAGGGUUCAGUGUGGAAGUUUUUUAGUAAUCUCUUCACGGGACCGGCCGAUCGAGGGACCUUGGUACGUUCCACGCACACGUUGCCACAUGUGCGUUAUAGCGCUCCGGCCAACCAGGUCGUACCGGCGCCGCCUUUGGAUGCCAUGCGUAGACGUACGUUGAAAAGUCGCCAAGAUUUUCUCGACCAAGGAGACACCAUAUCGUCCGAGAAACUCGUAGCGAGACGCGCGAGCGAACGGAGAGAACAAUAUCGCCAGGUACGAGCGCACGUUCGGAAGGAGGACGGUCGUCUUCAGGCGUACGGAUGGAGUUUGCCGGGCAAGCCGAGCGCGCCCGUCAGACAACCCGUCCCGGUGCCGGUUUACUGCCGACCGCUGCAAGAGACCGAGCCGGGCAUGAAGAUUGAGACAUUCUCGGUGCAGAUCUGGUGCGGUGCCGGUGUCAAUCUGAGCGGCGGUAAGACGCGCGACGGCGGCUGCAUGAUCGGCGGGAGUGUGUUUUAUGCCGCGGAGGCGCGAGAAACGAGCAACGCAAGAACGGACGCCGAGGACGCUGUCGAGCAUCUGGACAAGGAGCUCCAGGAGAACGAGAACCGACGGCUCGAGGCGGAGCGAUGGGAUCAGCAGCUCAGUUCUCUCGUCUGGAUCUGCACCUCGACGCAGAAGAUGUCGAAGGUCACCGUGAUAGACGCGAACAAUCCGGCGGACAUCCUGGAGGUGUUCAAUGUCUGCCAGGGACACUUGCUCUGCAUCGCUAGCGUGCCCGGUGCCAAAGAAUGCGACUACACUCAGUCCUCGAAUGAGAAUUCGAUUCGCACGACGAACGGGACUAACGACAGCGAGAACAACAACGGCGUCACCGAGGACGUUACGAACGCGAAUGAGAGUAACGAGCAGAAGAAUUAUCAGGACGGCGAGGCCGACAAGAGCGAGUCCGAUAAUCCAUUUGACGAUCAGGCGAACGAGAACACCGAGAAGACCGCCGAGACGGAUCAGAAUUCGACCAACGAGCCGCAGAGUCUGGAAAGUGUAGACAGCGAAACGGCGAACCUGGGGAAGGUCAACUUCGUACGGUGCAACGCGGAGACGUUCCCGUCGCGGCUGAACGGCAAGGACACCGUGAACGAGGAGGCGAAGGAAGAAGAGGCCACCGAAGAGACGCCCAUCGAGAAGAUGUCGUCCAUACAACCGACCAUGUGGUUGGGCGCUCAGAACGGCGCGGUUUUCGUUCAUUCAGCCGUGGCCAAGUGGUCGGUGUGCUUGCAUUCCGUGAAACUGAGAGACGCUGCGUUAGCCAUUGUACACGUACAGGGUCGGGUCCUGGUCGCAUUGGCAGACGGCACCGUGACGAUAUUUCGCAGAGGCGCCGACGGACAGUGGGAUUUGUCGCAGUAUCACGUGAUUACGCUCGGCAGCCCUCAGCAUUCCAUCAGGUGCAUGACCGCGGUUAGCGGGAAGACCGUGUGGUGCGGAUACAGAAACAAGAUUCACGUGAUCGAUCCGAUUUCUAUGAUGCUCGAGUGCACAGUCGACGCGCAUCCUCGCCGAGAGUCUCAAGUGCGGCAGCUCGCCUGGUUGGGCGAAGGUGUGUGGGUCAGCAUCAGACUCGACUCGACGUUAAGGCUCUAUCACGCCCACACUUACCAACAUCUGCAAGACGUCGAUAUAGAACCGUACGUCAGCAAGAUGCUCGGCACGGGCAAGCUCGGCUUCUCCUUCGUGCGUAUUACCGCCUUACUGAUCUCUUCGAACAGGUUGUGGAUUGGCACCGGUAACGGGGUGAUAAUAUCGGUACCGCUGUCGGAAAGUGCGGGCGGCUCAAUGACGGUGUCCAGAGUGCAGACCGGAGGUAACAAAGGCGACGCGCCGGGAGUUGGCGUCAGGAUCUUCGCGUCGGAUCGUGGCGUCACGCCGGGAAGUUUUAUACCCUACUGUAGCAUGGCCCACGCGCAGCUCAGCUUUCACGGACACAGAGACGCUGUGAAAAUGUUCGUCGCCGUACCUGGUCAUGGCGGUCAGAGCGCGAUAACGGACGGAACGCAGCCAGCGAUGCUUGUUCUCUCCGGUGGCGAGGGUUACAUUGACUUCAGGGUUGGUGACGGAGAUGAAACGGAGGAGGGUAUGGAUCGAUCGAACUCGGCGGUCAGCAACGCGGAGGAGCACGGCGAGCAGAGUCACCUGAUCGUGUGGCAGGUACAGUGUCCUUUACCGAUGCCAAUGAAUGGCUAGCCUACGGACGGAGGUAUCGAGCCGAUCGACGGUUCGGCUUGUGACGCAACGUCGUCGAUGGACGAUCAUUGGAUCGUAGAUUGUGGAUUGUUGGACGCGAUUAUACCCGAGCGAGCGGUCUUCGUUGCCGCGAACUAAUGCGCUACCUAUUUACCUAGAUAUAGGUAUCUUGUGUAUAAGGAUGUUGUGAUACUACUGAUCUAAUACUGGUAUCGAUAUUGUUCUUUUAAAAUCGGACAUUUUUUAAUUGAUAUUUUCUUACUAUAUUCGUCAUAUCAACUAUUUUGCUUCGGUAUCUUCUUGAUUUCAUCUUGUUUUCUUAUUUUUUUACUCAUUCGACCUUCAAAAUAUCAUGUAUUUUUACUUCGUGAAGAUUAAUGUAAUAUGCGCCUUACGUUUUAAAUCUAUCUUUCCUCGUGAUUUCUAUUACGUUAAUUUUAUGAUUAUUUAUUGUUAGCCGCAGUAAAAGGAAAGUGUCCAGACGUUUUUACAAGUGUACGGAGUCGAUCACAGAUGUCACUUGAUGCGUAUGUUGCUUUAUUUCUGUAGAAAGAAAAAAAAACUGUAGAAAAUCUAGUGCAAAAGAUAGGAGUAUCAAUUUUUUUUACUUAUUUACAAUUUUUUUACAUACUUAGUAAUUAUAGACAUACGAAACUUUUAAAAGUAGCUUGCAAGACAAACGCUUCCCUGACUUUUAUAUUGUCUCUAAUUUUAAGUUUUUCCUUUAAGUUUCAAUACCAGUAUCGGUAUCGAGAUUUCUGUUCCGAUAUAUCGCUGGUAUAUCGCUGAUGAUAUCGAAACUCUCAAUUAGAUAUCAUUUUAAAUAUUAGUAUCGAUACUUUCACGAUAUCACAACAUCCCUACUUGUGUAACGAUCGUAGCAGAGUACGUUAAUGAAUUCCGAAGCAGCUAGUGCGCGAUUUCGCGAAGUUAGCAGAGCGACGGCGCCGACGACGACGUGUCAUUUCUUUUAUCGUAGUUUCACGAGCGACCGUGUUGUCCCGUCUUGCAACAGAAGCGCGUCGGGAGACUCGCCAGUAUCCCGACGUCGCGACUAGAAUUUUAAUUCUUCUCAAUGUCGACAACCUCUCGCUUCUCUCGCCGGUCAAGCCUGACUCUUAGGCUUUUGCGUACGAAUCAUGUGCGACGAAUAGGAUCGAAUUGUACGCGCCAAGAUCUUUCUCGUGCCGGUAUUAGUCAGACGAGUGUUCAUCCCGGAAUGUCGCGCUCCACGGACGAUCCGCAAAUACUGGCAGACUUCCGUCGACCGUAAUUUCCGGCAAUCAUUGUGAUAAUGCGACGAAGACACACGAGGCGAUGAGUUCCGACGAGCUGCUGCCGUGACACACAUUUGCUACACACAUCAGCGCAAUAAGGAUUCGUUUGCUCCAAAAGUACCUCGCGUAUGUACCUGUCGUUCGCGAGAUAUCGCCGUUUAAUCGCCGUUUAUACACGCGGUUUAUACGCGCGUAGGAUGUAACAAGGUGCGUGCGACUCAGGCAGACUUCUAGGCGUAAUAUAAUAAUAUUAUCUUACGUCGGGAGGUAUAUUAUUUUCCUGACCUAACCGAAUUUUAUUCGCGUACAACGUAUCAAGCAUAAUGAUAACAAUGAUAAUAAUAAUAAUAUUAAUAGUAACAUUAUAUAAUAAUAUAUUACGCCGUUUCCUCUCCUUGAUCAAGCUCAAUGAUGUAAAUAACAAUAUGUUUAUAUAGCGCCGUGUGUGUGUGUGUGUGUGUGUGUGUGUGUAGAUCCGUGAUUCAAUUUUUCUUCAGCUGCACAGGCUGAUCGUCUUACGUACGCCAAGCGACAAAUUCUAUAUAACUGUGUAUGCUGAAUAUAGCGUGAUCCCAAAAUUUUAUCGAAUUGACAAAAAUCGGCUGCGUGCGAUACACACACAAUGCGGGCUGUCCGUCGACUGCAAGUACAACGGAAAAUCAGCGGCCACUGGUAUUUCUUCUGCAUUCUCGUCGGCAAAAGCAGCCACGGCAGCGGGGGAGGCAGCAGUAUUAUACAUAAGUAAUUGUAUAAAUAACCGUAUAACGUUCAUUAUUUGAAUAAUUAACGUUCUUUUCGAUUAUCAAGCAUCCUUAGAUCAUCGUGCUCGGCGAAACGUAGCGUCUUUUCGCGGCUCGCGUGAUCAUUAGGAACGACGGGACCGACGAUGUACAUAACAAUAAUAUGUUAAUAUAGCGCCGUGUAGAUCUGCAAUUGAAUUUGUUUUUCUCGCGCGUCGGUAAACGGAAAGAGCGGAGUCUUUUUCACACGCGUGUGAACCAGUGUGUCCUCUCCUGGUUUUCUGCGACCUCAACAACGUCCACAGUGUACUACCAAAGAGGUGAAAUGUAACACGAUUCGAUUAUGUUGUUUGUAUAAAUUGCUGACGAAAGCUGUGUUUCGUAUUCUCGCGCAGACGUUUGCAUUUUUCGGCAGUUCGACGGUAUCGCUGAUAGUACCGAUAAUAUCCCGGUGGUGAUAAGAUUUUGUAAAGUUCCCACGUCGCGCGCGCAACGACGGUUUAGGAUACGAUAGAAAGGCUGCGCUGAAAUUACCGUGCUGAGCUGGCUUUCGAUGUCGAGCUCGGAAUUGUACCUGGCUCGGGUGGCGUUGUAACGACAUUAAUAAACGAAGUUGCGGAAACGAA